AAAUUCUAAUCAUCAAGUUGGCUAUGUAAUAAUAUUAUAAGCUUAUUUCCAGGCCUAAAGUCUAGGUAAGGUAAAGGUUUCGAAAGUAAUUGGAUGACCAUGUAAUACUUAAUAGAGAUGUCCUGUCUAUUGGAUUUGUUUGAUAAUGGUCAGUUUGCUGCUGCUAGUGACCAGCUGACCAACAUAACUGGGCACACAACAGAUCUUACCACACAACUGGCCACUGAGAACAAUGCUGCUGUCCUUGCUUACAUACAACUGAAAGCACAGAGAACAUCUUCUGACGCUGAUCUGUUCAAGUGGAAGUUUGAAAACUGUCUACAGAACUGUGCUGGCGUCCCUGCCAGAGUGGGUGUGCUGACCGUGGAGCUGGCCUCCUUGUAUAAUCACACAUACCUCUCCUUGGUACAUGCCAUCCCAGCCUGCCGUCACCUUAAACUGUGGCAUAGGAGCCUAAUCAGAGUGUGCAGAGUAUUCCACCCCAGAAAAACAAAGCUCAAUUACGACUGUGAUGAGAAAUCUGCUUGUGUGGGUCUGAUCCGACAAUGUCUAAAGGCAAUAGAGGUUGCAUCAGCAUGUGGAUACAUGCCAGUGUGUUGUUUGUUGGCUCGGUGUGUAUGGCUGUGGUGUAUACAGGAGACACGGAUCAACAAUCAUACAGAGGCUGAACAACUUCUACAUACCCUAGCUGAUGCAAUAAACAAGACAGAUUUUCUGGUGACAGGUGACUAUCCAGUGCUGACCUUCCCAUUGUAUGCAGACCAUAUCCAGCUGCCAGUGACCCCAGGCCUGGAGGGACCCCUUUCCAGUGUCCUGUGGGUAGUCAGUCUGUCAGGCAAUACUAGGUAUGACCUGGUGGUCAGUGUACUGGACACAGUCAAGGAUCAACAUCUCGCCCCAUCUGUCAAGUUCUUAUCAGGGUUUGCUAGCUACAAGCUGGGACAGUACACAGAGGGUAUUUCGACGCUGAUGGAGAUUGUCCGCUCCCAGCCCCCUGCCACCCCCAGACUCAGGGCUCGUGUACAUUUCCUUAUUGGACUCUGCUUCGCUAAACUUACUUGUCCUGUUGCUGUGUUCCAGGACAAGAGGCCACUAGGUCUAGCAAUGUUCCGUGAGGCCAUGUGUGCUGAUUUCAGCUUCCUACGGCCACUGUACACAACUGCCCUACAGUACAGCAGUUUUGGAGAUAACGAUAUGGAACUAGAGUGCCUUAACCUUCUCACAAUGGCCUUGGAGAUGCGGGACAGCCCAGGAUUGCAAGUGACAAGUGGUGUGGACGUCCUGUCUCUGGUAGACUUUGAGGAUGAAGAUAUCACCUACCCCACAGCCUUGUACACUCUGGCCAGCAGGGCACUCAAGCUGCACAAGUUUGAUGUGGCUGCAGAAAAAUACACGAUACUUCUACAACAUCUGAGGACAGGAACUGUUCAAAGCGAAGAUUUGCCGCCAGUUUUACAACUGUAUCAUGAGACUAUGGAAGCUACACUAGGAUCUGGUAAAUACAAAGACUGCCUGAAGCUAUGUGACCACGCCCUUGCUUGUUACCAUGGAAACACAGUCUCCAUGGAUACCACCUAUGAUCCGAGUCAAGGGUCAAGCCAUAGUGGAGAAUUCACAGAUGAGUUGCCUCGUGCUGAAGAUGUGAUAGAUUUUGUUUAUAAUAAAAGAGUUGUGAACAAAAAAUUUAGUCAAAAUAGUAAAAAUAAUGAAGAUUUGUCUAACAAUGGUGAGGAGAUGGAGACCAGUUGCUCUGGUCAGUCUUUGAAGAGGAAGUAUUCAGAAGAUCGUGCCUCUGAAUGUCACCAUGGCGAUACUGAUGUUGUGGCCUUGAAGUUUAAGGCUUUGGCCUUGCACAAGAUUGGGAAAAUAGAAGAUGCAUUGAUCUGUUUGAAAAGGGCCAUACAGAGUAUAUCAGACAUGCGCAGACAGAAGAUGCGGGCAGUGAUGGGUUCAUCCUCAGAGCCUCAGUCUAAACGAAGGAAAAUCCAGGAGCCUGGAGCAAACGGAAAAAAGAUGUCUGACACGGAUUCUACGCUUAGGGAUGACAAUAGUAUUGAAAAACUGAAUGUCACUAAAGGGAGUAGUGCUAAGUUGAAUUCUGGUGAAAAUAAGCUUGCUGGCCUUCAUGGAACAUCACUCGAACUAGAGUGUGAACUGUAUGAAAUGACUUCUAAUAUUCUGGACUCUUUAAAGAAAAGUAAGGAUGCUGCUCAUUUUAGAAGACUUUCAACUGAGUUGAAAUCAUGCUUUAAAGUCUAAUACUAAAUAAAAUUAAUGCUUGAACAUUACUUUAUUAUAUCAAAUUUGUUUAAAUACUGCUUAAUAGGACCAAUUUUUCUCUCUUCCUAAAAAGUUGCUGAAUUUUGUCUAAAAAGACUACAUUUUUAUUUUGAAGCAAAGUAGGAACAAAGUUCACAAAUCUGAAAAACUAUCCGAUUUUGCAUUCAUUUCCCCCAUUGUGAUGUUAUUUUCUUUCUUAAGUUUAAUGUUAGCAAAGAAGUUAUAAAAAGAUUUAAGUCCCAUUGUUAGCACUUUUUUUAAUAAUCCUUAUUUGAAAACCUGACUCUUUCACAGUUCUGUGCGUCUAUUUAAAGUAUUUUCACAAUUCAGAACGUUUUUGAAUACUCACUUUAUGAAUGGAUGAGAAAGACCAGGUUUUGUGUUUUCUUCCUGAUGGUGAAACUACUACCUGGCAUGUCACAGGACGUUUAUCGCCACUGAUCAGUAUGAAUACCUGCAUUGUCUAUAGGAACCAAUCACUUUGAAUGAGUCUUGCAAGCCCUAUCAGUAUUGAAUGUUUUACAUGUGUAUUAUUGUAUACAGUAAUGUGUUUUCCAAAUGUUUCUUUGUGCAAACUAUAGCUGUUAAAAAAGUGUCCACUAAGCGGUUUAAUUGGUAGAUUUGAUUACAAUAAGCAGUAGGAAGUACUUGAAUGUUCUUGAACUUUUUUAAUGGUUUAUUGUUAAGAAUUGUUAAAGUGACACUCUUAUUCAAUAUCAAUACAUACGAAUGCAUAACAAACAUACAUUUUGAGUGAUAAACCUUUAACUACUAACUUCAUAAUACAUUAAUGGAAAAUUUUAAUUUGAAUAAUGAUAACAAGAUUCUAACUGAGUAUUUAAUAGCUAAAAACGCCAAAAUAUUAAAUGAUUGGUGAAUGCUAAAAGAUUUAAUGCUAUCUUCUAUUGUCUCAUAAGGUAGAAAUACGGUGUUUGCAGAACCUUCCUUUCAAAUUAAACAGGAUAUGCUUCAUAAGAACUACUUUUUCCAACAUGUAUUCUUCCAUUGUGGUGUAUUAAAACAAUUGUCUUAAUUGCGGUGAAUCUUAUUUGGAAGUGCAGCUUUAAAAACACAAGUUUUGAUUUAUUUCUAAUAGCACAUACCAUGCAUUACGUUGUUAGUUUUGGUGCAAAUUAAUCAAUGGCAUUGCCUUGUACUGGUUUGAAUUGGCAUUGAUACA